AUGGUUCUGAAGUCGUGUUACCCGACGGGAGAGGCAAACCAGGUUCCUAAACCAAUCGUGUACGUAGUCAAAGGUUCACAGGUGGUGCUUGUGUCGGCGACGAUGACUCCGGAAGUGAUGUCAGUGACGGAGCAGUUCAUGCUGAACACCUUGCGGAUCCUCGUCAAGAAAGAGCUGCUCACCCUGACGGGCAAGAGAGAGAGAUUGAACGUCGAUUGGAUCGAAUGGAAGUUCGAGACGCUGUGCGAUCUUAACUACAGCGUUUGUGUGAACCAGGCUGUGAUCUUCUGCAACAGUCGCCGCAAGGUGGUGCAGCUCACGCGCGAGAUGAACGACGCCAACUUCACCGUGUCCGCAAUACACGGUGACCUUGACCAGAAGGAUCGUGACGUCAUCAUGCGCAAGUUCCGCACGGGAUCGAGUCGCUUGUUGAUCACCACCAACCUGCUUGCGCGCGGCAUCGACGUCCAACAGGUGUCGCUCGUCAUAAACUACGACGUCCCUCGCGACCGGGAGAGCUAUCUGCACAGAAUCGGAAGAAGCGGUCGGUUUGGGCGGAAGGGAGUUGCAAUUAACUUCAUGACCCAGCAAGAAGGGCGCCUCACGGAUCUCGAGCAGUUUUACAACACGGAAAUCCGGGAGAUGCCCCGAGACAUCGCCAACUACGUCAGCUAGGUGCUCGCUGACGUAAGCUUGGUGCUUGUUGUAGCCCCUAUAUCGGAACUGACAGUUUGAGUAUCUUAAGAAGAAGAAGGACAUUAUUGUAGAAGAAUAUUAUUUUAGAAGAACAUUUCAGACCAGUGAAUUUUUAUAAUAAUCUGUAUAUUUUAAUUGAAGAAACGCACUAAAAGUUUUUUAAAUUUUUAAAAUCGAUUCACCGAUUUACUUUUUGAGGAUACGUAGUUCACAUGUAUUAGAAAAAAUGCAAAAAACUGUUUCUCAAAUUUUUAUUAGAGUUUAUGUUUAUGCUAUUUUCCAUAUAAACAAAAUCGAUUGUACACAUUAUGCAAAUGAAAACCAUAGAACGUAAUAGUGAAAUGUUGUUUAACAAGCCAUAUCUUAGUGGGACAGAGACCUAAUGAUGCAUGUCUCAAUAAUGACAUUAUACAACAACUGUUUCUUUUUUCUGAAAAAAAUAUAC